CACACUGAUUCACAAAUUACAUUAGUGGUAACUUUUAUAUACAUUCAUAGAUUUAAAGAUAUGUCCAGUAUUAAGUGUCCCUGGCAUGUCUAGUGUAUACGCAUCGUUAUUUUACAACGCAGUGUACUUUAAAAUAUAUAAGAAAAUUCCUUUAAUAAAAAUAUAAUCUACACAUUAUUUAACAUAAUGUCUAUUCUGUAAGGUGUAAAUCUAAUACUGUUAUUUAAUCAUGUCAAAUGAACUUCGCACAUUAGGACGCAGUCAUUGAUAAAAAUUUUAAUAAAAUUUAUUGUGCCAGUGACUAAUUACUAUGAAUUAGCGUAAAACUUUUAAUUAAAUUAUAAAUUAAAUAUUUAAAAACUAUUUCUUUUGCUCAUAUUUAAUUAUACUACAGAACGGAGUAAAUAAAGUGACAGUUUCGCUUUGAUGAAUUUCGAAUCGAAGAUGUUCGAUGCGAUUGUCACGUGGUCAAAGUUGGCAGACUCCACGAUCUGGUGAACUCGAAAAAUUAAACGUACGAUCUCACCUAACCUGAAUCUGUGUAACAAACGAGACAGUAAAUGUUGAUACAUUAGAGAGUUGUCUGUUAUAAAAAUUAAUUAUUUAUAAAUAAAUUUAUUACCGACUAAAAAGAGUCUAAAGUUUCAAUUACGAGGCUGAGAAGUUUACGAGAGAUCAAGGAUUAUUUUUUGUUGUCAAUUAAAUAAAAAUCCAACUUUACUUAUUUGGAAAGACCUACUUACGCUGUAAAGGAAAAAAAAAAAACAGAUUAUAACCUGGCGUGUGAUUACACCAAUACCACUAAUAAUAAUUACCAGAAGUUACUCAAGAAUUAAUAACGAAGAUUUCAAUCUAAAAAUACAAACAAAUCAAAACCCAUCACCAUGAUUGUAGACGACAAAUUAGAAAUGGAGAGCUUUUGGAUCAGCGGAGUUAUCACGGCAUUGAAAGCGCUGUCGUAUGUUUACGAUUUAUUGACAUUUCCAGUUUAUCUAUUUCUCCAACGUCCAUGGGAAAAGAGAAAAUUAUCACGAAAAAUUCGUGCAAAACCGAUUUAUAAAGAUGAAACUUCGAUUGUGUACCGAAAUGUUGAUCAGCCAGGACCGAUUCAUGUUGAAUUGGAACGACUUAAUAUAGAUACUGUUGAUAAAGUAUUACGUUAUGCUACCGAAAUUCAUGGAGAUAAAAAAUGUUUAGGUACAAGACAGAUACUCGGUGAAGAAAAUGAACUUCAACCCAAUGGUAGAGUUUUCAAAAAGUACAAUAUGGGUGAUUAUAAAUGGAAGAGUUAUAAAGACGUUGAAAGAUUGGUAACGUCAUUUGGAAAAGGAUUAACAGAACUUGGACUAACAAAGCGAAAAAACAUCGUAAUAUAUGCAGAAACACGAGCUGAAUGGAUGAUUGCAGCACAAGGAUGUUUCAAACAAGGUCUAUCUAUCGUAACUAUUUACACGACACUGGGGGAUGAAGCCAUUGCCCACGGGAUAAAUGAAACAGAAGUCGAUACCGUGAUAACGAGUCAUGAACUACUACCUAAAUUCCGAAAUCUAUUGUCAAUGACCCCUGAAGUUAAAUGUAUUAUUUACAUGGAAGAUCAGUUGGUACCAACAGACACAACUGGAUUCAAAGAAGGAGUCAGUUUAAUGCCAUUUUCCGAUGUUAUUAAAGUAGGUAACUCGUCCAAUGUAGAGUCUGUUGCUCCACAAACAGAUGAUACAGCUAUUAUUAUGUACACAUCUGGAUCAACUGGUGUACCCAAAGGAGUUAUACUGACGCAUAAAAAUAUCCUUGCCAAUGUUAAAGCAUCUUGUAGCGCCUGUGAGACUAGACCAGAUGAUGUUUUUCUCGGUUUUUUGCCACUGGCACAUGUAUUUGAACUUCUUGUUGAAUGUGUUGCUUUAUUGGCUGGAGUACCCAUUGGUUACAGUUCUCCAUUGACAAUGAUUGAUUCUAGUAGUAAAAUUCAACGAGGAUGUAAAGGUGAUGCAUCUAUACUACGUCCUACAUGUAUAACUGCUGUACCACUAAUACUUGACCGUAUAUCUAAAGGAAUAAAUGAAAAGGUAAAAAAGAAGGGACCAUUUAGUCAGGCCAUCUUUAAAUUUGCUUAUCAAUAUAAACUCAAGUGGACAAAACUCGGCUUCGAGACACCUUUCUUCGAUCGAUUAAUAUUUAGCUCAGCUAAACAAGUUCUUGGCGGGCGAAUGAGGUUUAUACUGUCAGGUGGUGCUCCACUUACUCCAGAAACGCAUACUCAAGUUAAAAUUUGUCUAUGCACUGCAGUACUUCAAGGAUAUGGCUUAACAGAAACCUGUUCGUCAGUCAGUGUUAUGGACUAUUACGACCGUACCACGGGAAGAGUUGGUGCACCAGCUAUUGGUUGUGAUGUGAGACUAGAAAAUUGGGAAGAAGGGUCUUACAGAGUUACUGAUACUCCUAAUCCACGUGGUGAAAUAAUAAUUGGCGGUGAUAAUGUGUCUCAGGGUUACUAUAAAAUACCGGAAAAAACUAAAGAAGACUUUUUCUAUAAAGACGGUAAACGGUGGUUUAGAACUGGUGAUAUUGGUGAAAUUUUUCCCGAUGGAUGCCUUAAAAUAAUUGAUCGUAAGAAGGAUUUGGUGAAAUUACAGUUUGGUGAAUAUGUAUCACUUGGAAAAGUCGAAUCUGAAUUAAAAACCUGUCGACUAAUUGAAAAUAUUUGUGUGUAUGGUGAUCCUCAUAAGACUUAUACUGUGGCAUUGGUUGUACCCAAUCCAGUACAUUUGAAAGAAAUAGCUAAUCGUCUCGGUGUACCAUCUGACAAUUUUGAACAGCUUUGUGAGAAUCCACAAAUAGAAAAAGCUGUUUUGCAAGAACUCAUUGAACAUGCCAAGAAAUCCAAUCUUCAAAGGUUUGAAAUACCCGGAGCUGUUAAAUUGUGUGCUGAACAAUGGUCACCAGACAUGGGUCUUGUUACGGCAGCAUUUAAAGUCAAAAGGAAAGCUGUACAAGAACGUUAUCAGCAUGAAAUAAAUCGGAUGUAUGCAUCGUGAUGCACUGAAUCUUCGGAGCUCAACGAGCAUUAAAUUUAAAGAACAAAGUAAAUCUUCAUAAGAAGUAUCAAUAAAACAAAAUUAUAACUUCAUAAAGUGAAAAUAAUUAUUACCACUUUUGUUUUUUUGGAAAUACAAACAGAAUAUUUAUAUAAAGGUGCUAUGAUAAUAUAUGAAGUAGAUGACAUAUUACAGACAUAAUACCAUGAGGUCUGUCUAUAUUUAUUAGUACAGCCUCAUGUUUUUUAUGUACAAUCAUCGAAAGUAAUUAUUACUUUUUUUUUUGUAUCAGAUACCCGGAUUAUUUUAUAACGCACAGUUUUAAACUAUUGAUACCUCGUUGUAGGAUGAGAUGAAUACUGUUAUUUAUAACUUUUUUUAAACAUAAUUAUUUAAGUCUUCCGCGUUAUCAAUCGUACAAUCCUGUAAUAGAGUUUGGAAUUUUUUCGUUUGUUAAUAAACUUAAAUUUAUCACACAAAACGUUUGAUUUGAUUUGAUUUUUUUUUUAUAACGUUAAUUAGUGUUGAUAAUAAUUAUCAAAUUAUUAUUAGUAUUUAUUAAAUGUUUGGAUUAAAUUAAAUAAGAGUAAAUAGUAAUUGUACAAUACAGGAAUUUAGUAGGUAAAUUAAAAAAUUAAAAAAAAGUAAUAAUUUUGUGAUAAGUUUAAGUGUAAUUGUCAAGGUUAUUUAUCCAGAAUAAAUAAAAAAUAAACGAGUAUAUUAUGUAAAUUAAUAAAUUAAUGUCAUUAAAAAAAGUGAAGGUACAUGUUAAAAUAAUUUUGUUUUUAUGUCUAAGCUUUAUAAUGAAAUUUACAUAAUUAUUUAUUUUAAUAUUUCUUGUUUAUCAAUAAAAUUAUUUUAUUCUUUUUUUAUUUCAUAUGCAAAUUAGUGUAGGAAAUAAAUCCAAGAAUUAAAUUUUAUUUGAUAAUUCAAUAAUUUUUUAUAUUUAUUAGCCUUGGAAUAAUUAAAAUAAAGAAUUUAAUUCGUUAGUAUUUUUUAAAAAUUUAUAAUUUAUAUAAAAUUAUUUAUAUAUACAUAUAAUUACAGUAUAAAGAUAUGUACUGCAAUUUAAAAUACAAACAAGAUAAAAAUAUAAUUGUUCUUAAAAAAAAGUACAAAUUGUUUUUUUUUUUAAAGGAAAUCGAAUGAUAAUUUUUUUUUUUUGCGUUUUAUUUGCUUCGAUACGAGUUUAUUCAAUAAUUAUUUACUUAUUUUUUUUUAAAUUUACGAUACGUGAACAAAGUAUCAAUAAUUUUUCAAUUAUACGAUUCGCCGAUACGUAAUGGAAAAAUUGCAUAGUAAUCUAUAUAUGUAAUAUAUAUAUAUAUCGAUGUAAAAAAAAAAAAUUGUUACGAAACUGUGUCAUCCAUUCAAUAUAAAAUUAUAAUAGAUAUAUUUUUGUUUAAGUAGUUACAAAAAAAAAAUACUUCUCGGGAAGGGAAAAAAAGUUUAGAUCUGCAUUUUGUCUAUUUCUGCCCAGAUCAAAUUAGAUCUGUUUAGAUCUAGACAGGCUGAUUUUUAACCAGAAAAUUAUGUCAGCCUAGAUCUACUUUGAUCUGAACAGAUCAAAUCAGAUCUAUUCAUACCUUCUUAUACAUGAAAUCUGAUCAAAUUUUAUAAGAUUUGAUUUAAUUUGAUGUAAGCAGAUCUAAACUUUUUUCCCGAGUUGUAACAAUAACAAAUAAUAAUAAUAAUAAUCAUGGAUGCUAUAUAUUACGUGAAUUAGGCUUAAAAAAAAAGAUACUCAAAAAUAGUAUCAGUAGUUUAUUAUACGUGGUUAUUAUUAUUAAAUUAACAAGAUAAACAUUUAAUUAAAAUAUAAAUAAAAGUAAUCGGUACUAAUAACUAUUAUUACUAAGCAAGAACUGUAUAUUAAUAGAUACGAAAGUGAAAAAACGAAAAAAAAACAAA